UGUCCUGGGAAGGAUAGUGAGCCGGAAGACGCUGUGUGCUCCCGUCCCGCUGAGCGCACAUCCCCGUUGGCCCGCUUUGGGGAGACAUCUCCCGGCGGUACCAUUUCCUAGAAAGCCGAGGCCGUUUUCCUCGCGGCGCGCCGCGGCCGCAGAGGCUCCCGGGAAGUGUGGUUUCCGGAGUUCCGCGUCCCCCGUGCCCGGAGCGUCCGUUCCGGACGCGGAGGGGUCCGGACAGGUCGCUGGACUGUGGCGUCCGCUCUGGGCUCGUCCCGCGACGCUGCCCGGCCUAGCUCCGCUCUUCUGGAAUCGGUUGGGAGUCUGGGCGGACUAUUUCCGGGAGGCGGCGGCCGUUGCCGGCUCUCUGGCGUCCGGAGCGUCAGGAACACUACCCAUCCGUAAGCCACGAGGCUAGAAAAGGAACUGUGUGGACUAUUGGAAAUUGUAAUGACUCAGGUGACAUUUAGUGAUGUGGCUAUAGACUUCUCUCAUGAAGAGUGGGCAUGGUUAGAUUCUGCGCAGAAGGAUUUAUACAAGGAUGUGAUGGUGCAGAACUAUGAAAAUCUGGUCUCUCUAGCAGGUCUUUCCAUAACUAAGCCAUAUGUGAUCACUUUAUUGGAGGAUGGAAAAGAACCCUGGAUGGUGGAGAAAACACUAUCAAAAGAUUGGGAAUCAAGAUGGGAAAACAAGGAAUUAUCAACAAAGGAUAUUUAUGAUGAAGAUUCACCCCAAACAGAAAAAAUAGAAAAAAACAUAAGGCGGCAUUGUGAAUUUUCAGAUUUUAACAAGAACGGAAAAUAUAAAGGGAAGUUGGAGGGGAAGGAUGGACAUCAGGUAGAACAUUGCAGACUAAUGACCCUCACCUUUAGUGAGAGCCCCUCUGGGGAAAGUGUUGACAAAUACAGUACGUCAUUUAGAAGCAUCUUCCAUGUAAAGCCUACUCUUUCUGAACCACAGAGUAUUUCUGCUGAAGGGACAUCGAAUAAAUAUGAUAUGUUAAAGAAGAGUUUACCAAUAAGGUCAGUUAUAAAAAACGAGAAAAUCUGUGGCAGAAAGAAAGUUUUGAGUUCUAAUGAAAGUGUGGCAACUUUUAGCAAAAGCAAAUCUCUUACCCUUCAUCAGACUUUUAAUAGAGAGAAGAUCUAUACAUGUAGUGAAUGUGGGAAAGCCUUUGGUAAACAAUCAAUCCUUAAUCGCCAUUGGAGAAUUCAUACAGGAGAGAAACCUUAUCAUUGUCGUGAAUGUGGGAAGACUUUUAGCCAUGGCUCAUCCCUUACUCGACAUCAAAUAAGCCAUAGUGGAGAGAAGCCUUACAAAUGUACUGAAUGUGGAAAGGCCUUUAGUCAUGUCUCUUCUCUUACUAAUCAUCAAAGCACUCACACUGGAGAGAAACCAUAUGAAUGUACGAACUGUGGAAAGUCUUUUAGUCGUGUUUCACAUCUCAUUGAACAUCUGAGGAUUCAUACUCAAGAAAAACUUUAUGAGUGCCAAAUAUGUGGGAAGGCCUUCAUUCAUAGGUCAUCUCUUAUCCACCAUCAGAAAAUACAUACUGGAGAGAAACCUUAUGAAUGUAGUGGAUGUGGGAAAGCUUUUUGCUGUAGCUCACACCUUACUCGACAUCAAAGAAUUCACACUAUCGAGAAACAAUAUGAAUGUAACAAAUGUCUGAAAGUCUUUAGUAGCCUCUCAUUUCUUAUUCAACAUCAGAGUAUUCAUUCUGAAGAAAAACCCUUUGAAUGUCAGAAAUGUAGGAAAUCUUUCAGCCAGCCUGAAUCACUGAAUAUGCAUUUGAGAAAUCACAUUAGAUUGAAACCUUAUGAAUGCAGUAUAUGUGGGAAAGCCUUCAGUCACAGGUCAUCCCUGCUUCAACAUCACAGAAUUCACACUGGAGAAAGACCUUAUGAGUGUAUUAAAUGUGGGAAGACCUUCAGCUGUAGUUCAAACCUUAUUGUACAUCAGAGAAUUCAUACUGGAGAAAAGCCAUAUAAAUGUGAUGAAUGUGGAAAAGCUUUUAGUAAAGGUUCAAAUCUUACUGCCCAUCAGAGAACACAUAAUGGACAAAAACCCAGUAAUGCAGUAAAUAUGGAAAGGUCUUUAGACCGUAUAAAUCAGUAUGCAUAUGAGAAAUCAUACAAGAGAGAAACUAUGUGAAGCAUCAUUUUUCAUAAUAAAUUUCAGCCACAAAUCCUAAUUCAAUAUCAAAAUUUUUGAGAACAGCCUUACAAGUGUAGUGUUUAUGGGAAGACCUUUAUGAUGAAACCUUUAUUGUCUAUCAGAGUUCAUGCUAUAGAAAACCAUAAGAGGAUAACAAAUGUGGGAAGGCCUUUGUCAGUAUUAAUCCCUUAGUUGACAAAAGUAAAUACAGACAAGAAAAAAAAAAAACUAUACACAUAGCAGAUUUAGGAAAGAUUAGGUAGUAUGAAUCUCUUACAAAC